AUGGCAAAAAGGACAUGGCAUCUGCCUCGUAAACUUGCAUUGCAGGCGUCCUACAAAGGGAAGGCAAAUUUCAUUCUCAAUUUCUCUCUCUCCAUUUCAUUGCGCUUUGUGCGGAUGGAAACCGGAACCAGUACUGCUUCUGCUUCAGCUCCUGCAACUGAAAAUUACACUCAUAAACCCGAUCAUUUGCACCACCGUGACAUUCUCCCUUCCUCCUCUAUUCUUAUUAUAGUCGUACCGAUCAUUAUCACGUUCUUAAUUCUCGCAAUACUGUUGUUAAUUGUAAUGCUCCGGCGCCUGCAAUCUACCAAGUAUAAUCGCAACGACGAAAGUGGUAAAGGUGUAAUCAACGACAGCAAUUGCAUGUUUCUUUCUCAUAACACCAUAAACAUCAAUUCCAGUCCAGCAGAAGUGAUGAGCGGCGGGUGUCUGUACGGAACCGGUUCGAAUCGCCCGCAGCUACCUAAAUUGAGAGAUGCACAAGUAUUUACGUUCAAGGAUCUGGAAAUGGCUACUGAUAAAUUUAGUGAAGCAAAAUUGAUAGGGAAUGGAGCAUAUGGAGUGGUUUACAGAGGGAUCCUUAGUGAUGGGACUGUGACAGCAAUUAAGAUGCUGCACCGUGAAGGCAGACAAGGAGAACGCGCUUUUCGAUUAUUUAGCGAAAAAUUGAAUAAACCAAUAGAGAAAACAUAUGGGAUUCUAAUGUUAGGUAGAUCUACUGAGCCGCUUGCACUGCCCAUACAUAGCGCAACUUCUAGGCUACUGUGCAGAUCAAAACCACCGACUAUUAGUUUUCGAGUACAUGCCAAAUGGUUCUCUUCAGAAGCAUCUCCAUCCUGGCAAGAAUCAAUCCAAAACGAGACCAUUGAAUUGGAGAAUUCGAUUGAGAAUAGCCCUGGAUUGCGCUAG